AUGUGCAUUGCCGGCCCAAUGAUGAUGGGCACCAUAGCACGAAAUGGGCAAGCGACGAGAACCUUCAGCAUUGCCCAGCGCAUGACAACGGACCCGGUUAAGCCGAUGAACCACCGUGCCUGGAUCCGCUCUAAGGAAGAGCGGCUGCCAUCGAUGGGCAGCACCCGGAGCCGAGUGCUCGGAUCCGGAGGGGCUCGCGCUGGGCUAGCUACUACGUGGGGUGCGAACCCUGCGGUGGCGUCCCUCCGCCUUCAGGAGCAUAGGGCUGCCUGCCAGAUCCCACGCCCCAACGCUGAUGGUGUGCGGAUUAGGCGAGCAUGGUGCCUGCCCAAAGAGCACGACAUCCAUCGAGUGGCACAGGAUAUUGACACUGAUCCAUAUCGCUUCUCGGUCCUUUGGCUGAGAUCAAAGCUUAGCUCUUGUUCUUAUCAAUCCGCUAUUCUUGCAAUAUUAUUAUCUUCACCACGAACAGUACGAAGUCAAAGGCUGACGUUUAUUCUAUACGAAUCGUUCACCUACGACUACCAUCCUCAGUUGCUUGGCAACGAAUGCAGUCACGCUGGACAGAGGUACGAUUUGGAAGGAACAGAAUCUCCUAGGGAGUUAGAUACUAUUUUUCAUGCUAUGAAAUUUUUGAUGAGCUUCUCAUUCACAGCAGCUGAAGAGUUGAGAGAAGUUGCAGAGCGUGAAGCUGUCCUCAUGGCAGAGAAGGAGGAAGCGUGGGAGGAGCAGAAAAUAGCACUAAAGGAAGAACUUGACACACUUCGCGAAAGAAUUACUGUAUCUGCGGAAGCUGGCGAUUCAACUGAAGCGUUCAGAGCACAGAUUGACUCAUUAAGGGAGGAGAACCGCGAGCUAGAAAAGACGAACCGAGAUCGAGACAGAGAGAUGGCCGACUUGAGGGAUAGAUUCGAGAGCCUCGUAAGCAGAGCGGAUAUGCUCACCAGAGAACGUGAUGCACUGGAACAACAUAGGAACCAAAUGGAAGACACGAUUCGUGAACUUCAACGAAGAAUUUCCGCAAAAAGUGAGGAAACGACGAACGAAUGGGAAUCACGAAAGCUGCGUCAAAGAAAUGAACAAGCCGUGACUCUAACUAAGCAGAUGCAUGCUGUCGUGCUCCAAAAUGACGAACUACGUGAAGAAGUGACCCGUGUGGGAGAUGCUCUCGAAGAAGCCACGAGAAUCAUAAAGGAGAGCUCAACUAGGUACGCUGAAUUGACAGCGCAGCACGACGCGACACGAAGGGACCUGCGAGCAAUUUCGGAGGAAAAUGCCAUAAUGAGGGAAAAGUUAGAGGCAAGUAGUACUAUGUUAGCUACGGUGGAGACCGAAGCGAUGGACGUCGAGCAGUCAACGGCGGCUAAAUUGCGGGAAAUGAACAACCGGAACAGAGAGCUGAGGGAAGAGCUCUACGCUACACAAAGAGAACUAGAAGAAAUUCGUCAACUAGCCGACUCGAUGAAUCAUGAGGAAAAGGAAGCAGAACUGGAGAAGCUAAGAAGUGAACUGAUAGAAGCAACUAAAACAGCUCGGUCGUUGUACGGCGAACUAACCUCCAAGAGUUCCACCGAUCCUACAGUGGCGUUCCAGCUUCGAAUAAUGCAACUGGAAUCUCAUCUUGAACAAUCAAACGAAAAGAUCGCCGCACAAAAGAAAGCUCUUGAAGAACUCGAGGACACUUUAGUGAGCAAGGAUAAACUGCAUGGAGAAAUUGCGGCCGAGUUGGAGAGGCUCAGAGAGGUUGGUAGGAUUACAGCUGCCUAA